GCGGCGGGGUCGCCCAGGGAAACCGGCGCGUCCCCGCCCGCCCGGCCGUCAGCUGACGGUGCCCGGCAGCCCGCGGCCGCGAACAUGGCGGCGGAGAUCCACUCGAGGCCGCAGAGCAGCCGCCCCGUGCUGCUGAGCAAGAUCGAGGGCCACCAGGAUGCCGUCACGGCCGCGCUGCUCAUCCCCAAGGAGGACGGCGUCAUCACGGCCAGCGAGGACAGGACCCUCCGAGUAUGGCUGAAGAGAGACAGUGGCCAGUACUGGCCCAGCAUUUACCACACCACGGCCUCUCCUUGCUCUACCAUGGCUUACCAUCACGACAGCAGACGGAUAUUUGUGGGCCAGGAUAACGGAGCCGUAAUGGAAUUUCACGUUUCUGAAGAUUUUAAUAAAAUGAACUUUAUCAAGACCUACCCAGCUCAUCAGAACAGGGUGUCUGCCAUCGUCUUCAGCGUGGCCACGGAGUGGGUGAUCAGCACUGGCCACGACAAGUGCGUGAGCUGGAUGUGCACGCGGAGCGGCAGCAUGCUGGGGCGGCACUUCUUCUCCUCCUGGGCUUCGUGUUUACAGUAUGAUUUUGAUACUCAGUACGCGUUCGUUGGUGAUUAUUCUGGACAGAUCACCCUGCUAAAACUUGAGCAGAACACAUGCACAGUCAUCACAACCCUCAAAGGGCAUGAAGGUGGUGUUGCCUGCCUCUGGUGGGACCCGAUCCAACGGUUACUCUUCUCAGGAGCCUCCGACAACAGCAUCAUCAUGUGGGACAUCGGAGGCAGGAAAGGCCGGACGCUCCUGCUCCAGGGCCACCAUGACAGGGUGCAGGCCCUGUGCUACCUUCAGCUCACGAGGCAGCUCGUCUCCUGCUCCUCAGAUGGUGGGAUUGCAGUGUGGAACAUGGACGUCAGCAGAGAGGAGGCUCCUCAGUGGUUGGAAAGUGAUUCCUGUCAGAAAUGCGAGCAGCCCUUUUUCUGGAAUAUAAAGCAGAUGUGGGACACGAAGACACUGGGAUUGAGACAGCACCAUUGCCGGAAGUGCGGGCAGGCCGUGUGCGGCAAGUGCAGCAGCAAGCGCUCCAGUUACCCGGUCAUGGGCUUCGAGUUCCAGGUCCGAGUGUGCGAUUCGUGCUACGACUCCAUCAAGGACGAAGAUCGGACUUCUCUAGCAACCUUUCACGAAGGAAAACACAACAUUUCGCACAUGUCCAUGGACAUUGCCAGGGGACUGAUGGUGACGUGUGGGACCGACCGCGUAGUAAAGAUCUGGGACAUGACUCCGGUGGUGGGCUGCAGUCUGGCGACUGGAUUUUCUCCACACUGACCCGGGCACCGGUGACGUCUACACCUCGCAAACAGUGGCCUCCACCCGACAUGACCCCUCCCAUGUUCCAAGGCCACUGUCAUGUGAAGAGACAGUAGCCACUGAAAAACAUUUUUCUAGAGAAAACGAUGUAAAGGAACUCACCUGUGGGAACAAAUAUGGAAAAGGUCUCUGACAGUUUCCUGACUUCACCGCAACUUCCUCGUGAACGCUGAGCUCGUGGGUGAGGAAGGCGGCAUCUCGCCGGUGAGAGUUUUACAGAGGAACAAACUGAACGAAAAGUUAAUGUUGAGAACUCUCCUAACGCUGUCCCCAGCACAAACACGCGUCCGCUCCGCCCAGCAGGCCUCCCGAGAGCCCGGCGGCUCCCUGUUGUGAGAGUGGGAGUUGAGGAAGGAGGAAGCGAAGAAAGCAGAACCCGCCCUCCCUGCUGGCAGAGCACAGAUGUGGGCUAUGCCAUGGCACCUACUCCCUCAGGGUGGUGCCAUGAUCUGCACUUACCCUGUGGUCCAUUUCAGUUACUUCCCGGAAAACCUUUCCAUAUGCCACAAGCAAACCCGUGCAGUUGUCAUGAUGUCACUUGUGAAACUUCUGUAACAACCAAGUCAGUCCAUAUCCUUCCCUUUUCCCAAGUGUGCUCUGAGGGUGCUCUUCUAUGGUGCUGUUGAGUCACCUGAUAUGUUCUCACUGCAGCUAGGGACACCUAACAGAAGCCAGCUGCCACCCUGCAGAUACUGGGACAUGGUCAGUCUGUCCCGUGGAACAUACGGCCUUCCUACAAACACGUUCUGUCUCUAGUCCCCAGGUGAGCUCCUGAGAUGUGUGGCAAUUUAAUGUCCUCAGAAAAGUACCCCAAGGAUGCUGACUGUUAGUUGGAAUGAGUGUUACUCACGUUUCAUAGGAGGAAACUGGUAGCCAGAGCUGUAAUCAUCAAUCAGGUCUUGUACAGUAUUCCUAACUUGUAAAUCACUUCCAUCACAACUAGCAGAAGUUGUUGUUUUAAAGCUUUGAACCAGAGUACUAGGAUGAGGCAGAGAUUAAGCAAUGGAGAGCCCAUCUUUUAAUAUAAAAAUAUGUAUCUGUCUUUGUUUGAACAAUGGCACCUGUAUCAGUUCCUUCAGGGCUGUGGAAAGAGUGUUGAAGGACCUACUUUUUUUAAAAAAGGCAAAUGUAAAAAUAGACAGGGACAAUAUCUUUCUAAUAUCUUACUAAUGGGUAUUGAUUUUUAAAAACUACUGCAUCACUGGGGUUUAUUAAGACAACAUGGACAUUCUGUAUGAUUAAACCAAGGGACAGUCUGGUUUAUAACCAUGGCUUACAGGAAUAGAAAAGUUUACGACAAGCAGUUCAAAGAUGUCUUACUCGCCAUGUGACACAAGUGAUAAGGUUGGUGGGGCACACCAUAUUCUGGAAUGAUCUACAUAAAAUCUGAUUGUCUUCAGAAUGAAGCCAGAAGGGUUUUGUUGCUCGUUAACUUUUUGUGUUACAUCACCUUGCAAAAUUGUUUACUUUAACAACUCUUCACAAAAAUAUAUAUUACUUAACAUAACUUGGAAGAGAAAUUGAAUACUGGUAACUUUUAAACCAUGAUAUUUAAUGUUCAGUUUCAUAUAUCAACUUUCAUUCGCUUGAUAGUUUGGUCCAUGCAAAGGUGCUAUCCUGGGAUUUUAAGACCUGAGAGGAAAACAGAAUAUGAUCCGGUCCUUUCCCUAUGGAAGAGUGCUGAGCUGUGGUUUGAUUUUCCUUUAACUUCUGUAAAAUGUGACUCUAAUGUCUGUAGUAAAUUGAACAGAAUAUCACAGCUACUGUGAAUAGUUUGUAGCUUUCAAAUAUUUUUAUUUUAAAAUGUUCUCGAUGAAAUCUGUUUUCCGUAGAGAAUGUAAAAGUUGUUUGGGGCUUUUUACAGAGUUAAUGUAAGUCAGUGGGGAAAUUUAUAUUUAAGGAAGAAUUGGAGCAAAGUACCUUAGAAAAGGAAAAGAGAAUAUUUCAAUAUAGCUUGCUCUGCACCUAAGCCUACAGUCACUUUUCUCUUCAAAAACAUGUGCCAGGUUUAUCUUGUUUCUGUCACACCUUAGGCAGCGAGUGGUGUAUUUUUUAUAGAAGUGGGCAGAAAUUAUUUUCUCAGUUACGUAUACUGAUGAGGCAUACAAGGAAAGUACAGAUAGACUCAUAGUUAUUGCCUUAUUUUGACUGUUUCUCAUGAACAGGUCACUUCAGAUAGUUCAAGUAACAGUUUACUGUUCUUUCCUUCCCUGAACCUUCAAGCUAAUUUGUAUGAGUAUGGAUUAAGAAGUACAGAAUAUUAGAGAAGACCCUCAUAUUUAGCUCGUGUAUGUAAGUACUAAGGAAAUGCCAGUUCUUCACUAUCAACACAUUUUAAAAUUACCCUUUACUAGUCCCAAGUGAUAGCAAUACCCCAGUAGCAUUAAAUAGAAACAAAUUAUUAUUCAUUAUACUGCAUCAUAAGUCUCUGUUUACUACACCCUAGUUCUGUCUUGCUCCCUGGAGAAUAUAAGCAGAAAGUAAUGUAUUGCUUUAGAACGUAUGAUUUGGUUCUCUUCUCUCAGCAGUUUAAUUAGUUAGUAUCUGUACUUUUUAAACUGUUGAAUCAGACCCAAAUAUGUAAUGUGUACCAGAGCAGCACAGACCCAAGGAGAUAUUUUUUAAAAUCAGUUUUCUUUAAAGUACUUUCUACUUCCAUUACUGAAUCUGGUAUCUCCUACAAAGUAAGAAACCAGUUACUAUUAGUGAUAAACCAUCUGCUCCUUAUCAAAGUGAGGUUUAACAAUUAAGUAAUACAUGCUAUAUGUUUUAAGUAUCUAUUGCUUAAUUGUUAAUUGUGAGCAGAUCAUUGAAUGCCUCGUCUAUUUUCUGUAGUUUCCUAUACAAUAACUCUUUGAGUAAGCUGAAGUUUAAUUGUACAGCACAUUUGUAGUAGAGUCCAAAUAAAAUGUUUUUCUCUACAGCCUUUUAUUGACUCAGAAGCACAGGGUGAUGUUAACUAGUACACUUCGUUUUUACUCUAGCUCUGUUUCUAUGAGACAUGAUGCCCUGUGUAUCCCAGAGAGCCUAGAAAACUUUGUUCUUUUCUCCUGUUUGUGGGUGCGUUUUUGUGGGGGUUUUGGGGGAAUAUGCUUACAAUAAAAUAUUCUUUGCUUGUUA